UAUAGAUUGUCACAGAAACAAAGCAUGCAGUUAUGUAUAGUUCUCAUAUUCCUUCAUAUACUUAACCAGAAUGCACUGGGCUUCAGGGGAGCAAGAAAAAGAGAGGUGUUGGAUAAUAUUCUUCAAGAUCUUGAGGAAAUCAAGAUGAGUUUACAAUCUUCAGAAGUUGGUUUCAAUCCAGAAAGAAUCCUGGAGCAAGCAGCACAGCAAAACAAUCUGGAUGCAAAGAAAACUCAGGGUGAAACCAGAUCAAUUAAACGAGGCAAAUUCAGUCCACUGCCAUUACAGUUUUCAAUUCCAGUGGAUGAAUCAAGAACUAAAGAUAAGUUCGAUAAAUUGAGUAGGCAAGAAUUGAUUUAUGGUGAUGAGAAUCUUGGCAGUUACAUUUCGAACAAAACUGAUCAGUCACAAAAAAAUGUUUCGAACCAAAUUGUUCAGCAACAAAAUACUGUUUCAAACCAAACUGAACUGCCAAGGAAAAAUGUUAUGUACCAAAGUGGCGAAGCGUUUAAUUAUGAUGAGCAUCUUGGCAGUUACGGUUCGAAUAACACUGCACAGCAACAGCAAAUUGGAUCGAACCAAACUAAACAGCAAUGGAAUGGUUUGAUGAACCUUGGAGAACUUUCACAGAAUAGAUUUUUAAACCAAGAGGAACAAUCACAAAAUAAUGUCAUGAACCAGAAUGAACAGCCACGGAGGAUUUUUUCGAAACAAAUUAAACAACUUCAAAGUAAUAAUUAUUCAAACAUUGAUGAACAACCAGAAAAUAAUGACAUUGAAAAACAACUACAAAAUGAUGAUGCGAAUAAAAAAGGUGUUAAUAAUUUAAACCAUGCUGAAGUGUUUCGGAGUAGUGGUUGGAAAAAAAAUAAACCUGUUUUAGAUAAAGAUUCGAACCAAACGGAAUUAAUCGAAACUCAAGGUUUAAACAAAACUAAGAACGUGGAAGAAACCCUAUCUAAUAAAACAAGAAUGUCUGGAAUGUUGGAAACAAUUUUGAAAAAAUAUCCACUUAAACAUGGAGAUGAACGCACCCUCAGAAAGAUACAGUUGAAUAGUAAGACAGAAAUUAAUACAGACAAUAAAUCAGUGGAGACUACAGAAAUCCCUGAUAUAAAAUCUAAGAUUUCUGAAUCUGUGGACGGACAGAUAAAUCAGCAGAUAUCUGUAGAAAACCAGAUCUUCAGUGAAUCCGGUCAUUAUUUUCCUCAGAUAAUAGAACUAGAUAACCAUACGAAGCUUGAUCAAUUUGAUAAGAACGAAUUUUCAAAUCCUUUCUACCUAAAGUCUGAGGACGAGCAGAACAUCACUAAAGACACAAAGUUGACUUCUAAAAUUUACAAUUCAACGAUAUAUAACUCUGAAAAUGGAAGAAUAAAUGAUCAAGAAAGAAAUUCAGAAACUUUAGAGGAUGAUAUUUGUCUUUCAACUCCGUGCCCUGAGACCACAAUGUGUGUUUCUGUCGGAAGAACGAAGCAUAUUUGUAUAUGUCCCUACGGAACUAUGGAAGAUACGAAUUCAACUGAAUUUGCAUGUGUAAGGAAUAUCAGUUUGGAACAUUUGAAUAGCGGAAAACUCUCCCAUAUUGGAACGUUAAAUGGUGGUUUAAAGGUUUUUGGCGAUAGCGAAGAUGAGGACGAUAGUUCUGAUGAUGGAAUAGAAUAUGAGGAGUAUGCUGAUAGUGGAUUAGAAAUGCUGGAGGAACAUUUUGAAGAACCAAAACAUUUUGCCAUUCAUCUUUCUGGCCUGGUACCACUCAAUCAGCAGGUUGAAAGCAUAUUGAAUACCCCUGCUGGAAUGGAUAUAAUGGACAUGUUUUGAUUAAUUUUAUUAAAAUGUCAAUAUUUCUAAAAGAGUAACUAACUAACAGGACCAUAGGCGCAAUUGGGAUAUCUAAUAAGAGGAACCUGUCCUUUAAUUUGAGUGAAAAUGUAAUAUAUUUAUAUUUUUAUUGCUAAAAAUACACAACAGUUAAAAUGUUA